AUGACCAUUAAAGGCGUUGGCAUUGCAGUUAUUCCGUCUCUUCCUCCCUUUGUGUCAAACAUACAAACAGAACACAAUUGGAGUUACUUUAGUCAUGGUAGUAUACCACCCAAUGCUGUGGUUGCUGGACACGAUUCGGAUGGGGAUACGAUAUACAUUGGACGCGCCUGCUAUAACAACGACAUGCUCCCAGCGAAGGUGAUACCGAACAAGGGUAAGGCCUAUGUCUCCUAUGCCAGUCAGGAGGUGCAGCUGGAGAGCUAUGAGGUGCUCAGUGGUGACAGCUACGAGCGGUUGACGGCUGAGAAUGGGGAAGUACCGCCCGGUGCUGUUCCAGUGGGUCUGGUCGAUGGUGAAUAUCUGUAUGCCGGUCGUGGCUAUCAUGCUGGCAGCUUAACCGUCGGCAAGGCUCAUCCCUCUCAUGGUUGCCUCUAACCCUAUGAGGUGCUAUCGCAACCGGAACGUUGGAUUGAUACGGCCGCACAAAAUAUACCCGAGGCUGCUGUGUUCGGUGGUCACGAUUCCAACGGAGAUGCCAUCUAUGUGGGUCGCGUCCUUGUCGAUGGAAAAUUCCUUUGCGCGUUGAUCCAGCUGGUGAUUGUGGUCCUAGCUCCUGUUCCUCCUAAUGAUCCAGCUCCCAGCUCCAGCUUUGUGGCCCAAAAGUUUUAA